AUGACAGACACACAUGACCGUUCAGCAAAUGAGACGUCCCCACUUGUGGGACCGGGACGUGGGCCUAACGAUGAUCCAGUUCCCCAGAUAUCAGACCUUGGGGGACACUAUACGUCCGGGACGGAGGAUGCAGAUGAUAUCUCGAAAACAAAAAGCAGCUGGUAUCUGUUUUUGUUGACAUUAAGCAUUGGCGGUUUACAAAUAGUGUGGGCUGUUGAGCUCUCGAAUGGUUCACCCUACCUCCUAUCAUUGGGAAUGAGUAAAGCAUUGCUUGCAUUCGUAUGGAUCGCAGGUCCUCUAUCCGGUACGCUGGUGCAGCCCUAUAUUGGUAUCUGCAGCGAUAAUUGCCGGGUAUCAUGGGGCAAACGGAAACCAUUCAUGGUCUUCGGCGGAAUCGCCACGGUCGUGGCUCUGCUGGCUCUUGCAUGGGUGCAAGAGAUUGUGGGCGGCUUUCUCGGAAUCUUUGGCGUUGACCCAGCCUCCACGGGCACUCGGACAAUGAUCAUCAUUCUGGCGACUAUCUUGAUGUAUUGCUUGGAUUUUGCUAUAAACACAGUUCAAGCAGGCAUUCGGUGCUUCAUAGUCGAUAAUGCACCCGCCCAUCAACAGGAAUCGGCAAAUGCCUGGGCUUCCCGAGUUACUGGCGUGGGAAAUAUCCUGGGAUACAUAUUUGGAUAUAUCGAGCUCCCAAAAUAUUUCCCGUUCUUCGGCAACACCCAGUUCAAAGUGUUGUGCGCGCUCGCGUCUAUUUCACUCACCAUCACGUUAUUGAUCAGCUGCUCAUAUAUCAAGGAGCGAGACCCGAGAUUAGACUCGCCAUCGUCAGCCGGAAACCCUGGGAUCGUUGCCUUUUUCAGGCAGGUCUUCAAGUCGAUUAAGAACCUACCACCGCAGAUAGCCAAAGUCUGCGAAGUCCAGCUGGCUGCAUGGGUCGGCUGGUUCCCCUUUCUCUUCUAUGCCACGACAUACAUUGGACAGCUUUACGUGAACCCUAUCUUCGAGGAGCACCCGGAUCUUUCUGAUCGAGAUAUCAACGACGCAUGGGAGGAGGCCACUCGAAUUGGAACAUUUGCGCUUCUGGUCUAUGCGAUCAUCUCCUUUGUGGCUAACAUAGCCCUGCCACUACUUGUCGUUCCCACCUACGAUCCCGUGGUCCUUGCUCAAGGCGGUUCUACGGAUGACGAGCAAACUUUCCUGAGCGACAGAAGAAGGUCAUUUUCUAGUAUCCCGAGUGAGGGUGGCCUCGAGACCUCGGCCAAUCUGGCAGGCCGCAAGAGAUAUGGCACUACCGCAGGACCGACAUGGCUGUCAAAGUUACAGAUCCCUGGCUUCACUCUCCGCCGAGCUUGGCUUCUGUCGCAUGUACUAUUCGCCCUUUGCAUGCUCAGUACGUUCUUCGUGUAUAACUACCAAGCCGCUACGGUGAUCAUUGGGUUAGUUGGAAUCUGCUGGGCAGUGACGCUUUGGGCACCCUUUGCCCUAAUCUCUGCGGAGGUGGCACGCAUUGAUGCGGAACGUCGGAUCAAGCGUCAACGCUUGGAGAUGGGCGAUAGCGUGGAAGCUCACAGCACUCAUGCUUCAUUUGAUCGAGAGGUCACUGAUGAUGAUCUGGAGACUGGCUCGACGUCAACUCCUCUGAAAGCAGAAGCAGCGGAUGAAAAUCUGGCGCAGGCGGGUAUCAUAUUGGGGCUGCAUAAUGUAGCCGUUUGCGCACCUCAGAUCCUGUCGAGUCUGGUCUGCAGUGCCAUUUUCAAGAUGGCUCAGAAGCCCAGAGGCGAGCCGUGGGAUGACAGCGUUGGAUGGACGCUGAGGUUUGGCGGCUGUGCCACGGUGCUUGCGGCCUGGUUGACAAGUCGACUCGCCGACAAGCGUCGACAGUAG